AUGACUGAGGAGAGGUCGCAGGAUAAGAGCUCAGAAUCAUCGAAUGUGGAAAAACAAGGUGGGUUGGCUACAAAAGUGGUUGCUACAGCUUCCACAUUAAUGGGACCUCGGCUCAAAGGGCUGCCGGCAGUAUUUCGGAACCAGAUGUUUCAGAAGGCGAUCAACAAUGCAUUGGGAGAUGAGCAAAGGAAUGAGAAGCUGCUGAAAAAGCGUGGAGGAGAGAUCAGAGUUGAGAUGCUAACAAAGCAGCUUAGGCAGGAGAGAAAGCUGCGAGGCAAGGCAUGGAAAAGGAAGGAUUUUGAUGUUUUAUCGGACGAGAUGCUCCAGGCGAUCCCGGGUGAGGAAGUAGGUGAAGACAUGAGUGUUGAAAAUGAGAAAGGAGAUGUGAGUAACAGUGAUAAAAGCAACAAUACCAACAGUAGCAGGAGCAGCAGUAACAACGACAACGACAGGGAGAGUGCAUUUUCGCUUUUCCAAGGUUUUACGGCCACUAUUCCGGGAGUUGACGAUGAGCUUGAGCAGAUAAAGCAGGGAUCAUCUCGAUUACUCGAGUUUGAUGCAGGAAACGGCAGCCUGGUGACAAACGGGCCGCUCAAAUUGGGCAGCAUGCUUCCACCAAACGUGACAGAGUACAAGAUCCGGCAUUCCGGGAGCCGAAAACAGCUCAAGGGCUUCAAAGAGGAUAUAAACUACCGGUUGGAUCUCUUGGAAAUACGCAAGGGACUCUCUGCCAACGAGAUAGACGAGAUCGAUUCGAAGAUUGAUUGCUUGUACAAGCAGCGGAAGCUUGUUUUUGACCGUAUAUCGUCUUUCGAGAGGGGCCAGAGCUAUCUUGAAGACCAGCUUUCGGCAAUAGAGGCACGUUUGCAGGCUGCUGCGGUAGAGAGAACCGAAAGUGGAAGUGCGUCUGACGAUAAUGCGGAUGAUUCUGGUAGCGGUAUUAGAUUGAGCAAUGCUGCAUCAAAACUAAGCAAUAACACAUCAAAACUAGGCAAUGCCACAUCAAAUUUAAGCAAUAACACAUCAAAAUUAAGCAAUGCUACACAAUCAAGCUAUCGUGCUACAGCUAACGGAAACGUUGCUGGAAUGAGCAGGGUGUCUUUGAGCAACAACAGCAGUGAUAAAAGCCCACCUGGCUUUUUUGACGCCGAGGAAAUUGCCCCCUCCCAGAUUCGAAAGCACAAACCAACCCUGCAAAAGUACUUCAAGCCAGGGGAGAGGAUCAGCAGCUUCAAAGCGCAUGAUGACUCGGUCACGUGUCUCCUUUUCGAUGAGCCGUUUGGGAAACUCGUGACUGCGUCACGUGACAGCACGGUCAAAGUAUGGAAUUUGUCAUCGGAGAAGUGCAUCGGCCAACUUAAAGGCCACCUGACCAGCGUGCACAGCCUGGCUCUGGAUGGCGGGGUGGUGGCUACCGGGUCGAUCGAUGCGACGGUCAAGCUGUGGGACCUGACCCAGGCGGGCAACCCGUGUCUCAUGAAAAGUUUGGAUGGGCACGUGGACGAGGUGACGGCCCUCGGGAUGUCGUCUGGCGUUUUGGUGAGUGGGUCUGCGGAUAAAACGAUCAGGCAAUGGGACGUGCGGACGGGUAGAUGCGUCGCGACUAUCGACGUGGUCUGGGCGGUGAACAGUCGACGCGACGAUUCCCGGAUUCUUGACACGAGUUUCAGUUUUUCCAGACCCGGCAAUCUGGCAAGGAUGCCUGCCAUGGCAACGGGCUGGGAUCAGUCCCAGUAUCCAUUCACUGCUGCAUUGCAAUGCUUCGAUGCAGCCUUGGCAUCCGGCGGUUCCGACGGAAUCGUCCGGCUUUGGGAUUUGAGGACCGGCGAGGUGGUGCGGCAACUUUUGGGCCACACGGGACCAAUCACAAGCCUUCAAUUUGAUGACACGUGUCUUGUGACCGGGUCUGCAGACAGUACUGUUCGGAUUUGGGAUCUUCGCACUGGGAAAAUCAUCGACUCCUUUUCCUACGAUUCGCCAAUCACAAGUCUCCAGUUCGACUACAGCAAGGUUGUGUGCACGAAUGGCUGCAAUACGGUCAAAAUAUAUGACCGGAUAACUGGCCAACAUCGUGAGUGUGGUCCCGGUUUGGAGAAUACUGCAUCCUCAAUCAUCAACUUUGCCAGAUACAGCCAGGGGUAUCUGGUUGAGGGCCGGCGGGACGGAACCGUCGGUAUCUGGGCCAUCUAG